GUCCAAUUCAUUUUAACCUUUUUUCGUUUCUUCAUUCUUCCGUUCAUCCUAAUUAAUAAUUGCUCCCUAACUUCCUUCGUUUGCCGGUCCAGCCGUCCUCUGCAACAGCUGUGAAAUUCAAGAAGGCUUGAUAAGACUUCCGAUAUAAGUCCUCCUCCACGGAAGUUGUAGAACUUAAAAGUGCUUCAAAACACUUCAAGACGUUUAAAUUUUCAAUACAAACGAUUAAUGCAGCAGCAGCAGCAGUUGUUAAACCUAAAUCUAGUGGUAUCAGUUUUUAAUGUCAGGCCAGAGUUCUCUCCAAUGUAGGUGAAGCAAUAUAUAGAAGCUGAAACCAGUCUUUUUGUUUGCCUGAUGGAUUCUCAUCCAAAUGAAUCAAAAGCAUCAAUCAGGAUCGAUGACCGCCUAACCAGUGAUGUUGUGGUAAGGCUUAGAACACAGGAUCGUGAUCACUGGGUUUAUUGCCAUUCUCAUAUCCUUGUCCGACAAAGCAAGUAUUUUGCUGAACGGUUAUCCGACACCUGGCCAGUGUGUCAAAAUCUUGAAUCCCGCAACUGUGUUGAGGUUCACUGUGAAGAAAAUGACUUCGACCACACACUCCACACCCUUCGUCUCUUGUAUCUCAGUUCAGAUUCUUCAGUGAAUGCUGAUAUUUUCCAUGGUGUUAGGACGGCCCUCGGCGUUUUACAGGCAGCCUUCAAGCUUGGCUGCCCGGAAGUUGUUACUGCAUGUGCAGAGUAUCUGGAAGCUGUCCCAUGGGAGGAAGAUGAGGAAGAGGAUAUCCUAAAACUAAUUCCAAACAUGGGACCUGAAGUGAGACCCGUGCUUGCCCGUUUACAACCUGUUGUUCCCUCUGUGAUGAUCAAACUAUUUCUCUCAGCAAUGCGAUUCGCCACCUCCUCACCUCCAGCCUCUUUGAACGAUCUAAAAAUAACAGCUCAAGAAGAGCUCGAUGACAUGUUGACUGAAGACAACAAUGCUCCUCUAUUAACAGCUGAUAAUAAUGACAUCAAACUAGAAGUGGUGCAAUGCAUUAAGAGACUCCACGAUAGAUGGACGCAGAUAUCGUUCAAAAUAUUAAUAGUGGUACAGAAGUUGAGCAAAGAAACCGAGACCGUUUUGAUAAGAGUGAUUGUUCUUGAUGUGGCAGCAAUGGUGUUAGAUGCCAUAGCAUAUGGAAAGGUCGUUCUGCCUGCAACGGAACGGCUUCACAUGACAAAGGUUUGGCUUCCAUUUGUCAGGGAAAUGAGAUCUUUGAUUGACACGAUGAGUUACAAUGAUAAGAUCCCUAUAAUUGAUGAUGAGAUGUGGAUGUUAUUGGAGUCAUUAUUUGUUUCUUUGAUACUUGCAUUGCCCUCUGCUGAUCAAGCAGAGAUCUUGACAGGGUGGUGGAGAAAUCCAACGUAUCCAGACCUUACCGUGGCCUUUGAAACAUGGUGUCAGAGGUCCAAGGUUGCUAGGCGAAAGAGGGAAAUGCUUGCAGAAGGUGAUGAUAGUACAUAAAUGGAAGUCUUGGGUGGUGGGAUGGGUUCGGUCCGACUCAGGUUUUUAUGGCACUUGAAACUUUCCAAAAUAUUUCAGAACAAAGUUCUGUAAAUAAACCUCACUACUAUUGGUCUGGGCCGAGUUUAAGCAGUUUCGGUUUGGCAUUUUAUACCCACCAAAAUGAAUUCCAUGUUUUUGACAUUUUAUAAAGGGAAAUUUUCGCAAGUAGUCGUGAAAGUGAAAACAAUAUCACGUUUUUCAAUUUCUAAAACUUAUUUCAAAAGUAGACAAUUUGUUCUUUCUUUUCAAUAAUAGACCACACUACGCCACGGGCCACUGGAACCUCCGUGCUGG